UUUGCACAUCAGAAUACGUAAACAAAAGCAUACUAUCGUGUAAAUAAACAGAAAUAAAAUAUUUAUUCUCAUCGCUCGGAGCUCAGCUACGACUCUCUGUCGCUCUUUGGCCCGCAUGGAGCAGCGACUGCGGCGACAGCCAAAGCAAAACAAUCAAGUGAAAGCGCUGAGCAAAGCAUAGCAUAUCUAAACUUAUUGUACUGUAUUGUAUCCACAACUUUCAUUGGCACUGCUGCGCUGCCGUCUCGCAGCAGAUACAGAUACUAAGCGUACAUUGCACAAGAGCAAAGUGCACGGCGCAUGGAGUCACAGAGCGCGGAACACGGAGCACGGAGCACGGAGAGCGCAUUGUGUGUGAAAAAUGUAGCAGAAAUUCUUACGGAACCCAGACCCAGACACUGGCAGAGUCAGAGUCACCAUCAGCACGCCAGGCUGAGUUGUCAGAGUCGUCAGUGUCGUCAGUGCGCGGUCGGAGCCAAACGCGGGCGUAGCAAACUCAUUUCGUAAAUGGAAAUGUGCUGGAGACGCAGACGACGCGGCAAGCCAAUGAAAUGAAAUUUAUUAAAUUAAAGAAGACGAGAAUACAUAAACGAACGGAAGUGAAAAGUUACACAUCCCAGCUACAUACAUAUAUGCAUAGUGUACACAACUUAAUAAACUAAUCGCAAAAGGCAGGCACGUUAUUUACACGCACAGGAAAUGGGCAAGGAUCAGGAGUUUCUGGAGGCGGCGCGCAAUGGCAAUAUCAGCCACAUCGAGAAGGUGCUCUCCCAGAAGGGUAAACGUGCCGGGCCACUGGCAAGCCUGCGACGCACUGGCGUCAAUGUGCAGGACAGCGGCGGUUACUCGGCACUGCAUCAUGCCUGUCUUAAUGGGCAUGAGGAUAUUGUGAGACUACUGCUGGCACAUGAGGCGUCAACCAAUUUGCCCGACUCCAGAGGCUCUUCGCCGCUUCACUUGGCCGCUUGGGCUGGCGAGACGGACAUUGUGCGGCUGCUGCUAACGCAACCCUACCGACCGGCCAAUGCUAAUCUGCAGACCAUUGAGCAGGAGACACCACUGCACUGUGCCGCCCAGCAUGGACAUACUGGUGCUUUGGCCCUGUUACUUUCCCACGAUGCAGAUCCCAAUAUGCGCAACUCACGCGGCGAGACGCCACUGGAUCUAGCUGCUCAGUACGGACGCCUGCAGGCAGUACAAAUGCUCAUUCGUGCGCAUCCCGAACUGAUUUCACAUCUGAGCACGGAGGCGGUGGAGGGUGGAGCGCCUUCGCCCUCAUCACCAUCGUCGCCCACGCGUAAUAUAUUUCCGCACACCUGCCUUCAUCUGGCCAGUCGCAAUGGCCACAAGAGCGUUGUCGAUGUGCUGCUCGCUGCCGGCGUCUGUGUCAAUCUAUUGACGCCCUCGGGCACAGCCCUGCACGAGGCGGCGCUGUGCGGCAAGGAGAAUGUGGUAAGAACUUUGCUACGCGCUGGCAUUGAUUUGUCGGCCACGGAUAAUGAGGGACGUACAGCACUGGACAUACUUCGUGAAUUUCCGCCGCAUGUGACGAAGCACAUAAUUGCAGUGAUUAACAACUUUCGCCACCAAAUGGAUACAGAUGAGGUCGACGAGGUUAUCUAUCGCCAGCAUGUGGGUCCACCGACAACUGGGCGUGACCAGAACGCUAAACAGCCGCUGCCGCAUAACAGCCACAAUCACUAUCAUUUCAACUCCAACAACCACUUGCUUAACCACUCGCACUCCAUGCAACAGUCCGGUUACAGCAAACAGCGGCUAAGUGCCGGCAAUGGAGGCCACUACAAUGGCGGCAAAUCUCUGGAUAGUUCACUGCAGCCAGAGGACAAAUUCUACCAGGAUCUCAACGCACACUCGCCACUGCACAUACAAAGCGACAUGGGCGGUGGCUUCAGUGUCAGUCCCUCAUCCUCGCUGAGCAGCUUUGAGCCGGCCUCCGUGUCGCCGCGUUCACGCUGCUCCACUGGCGGUGGUACACAGCCCUUGCAAAUGAGCACAUUUGCACCGAGCGGACCACCCAAGAAGCCGCCGCGGCGCAAUCUCUCUGUUUCACCUACACACGCUGGCCCAGGUCAGCAGUUUAGCUAUAGUUCACCCUCCAGUCAGGGUCAAGGCCAGCAGGCACGGAGACGACCACCAGCCAACGAAAGUCCCUAUUCGCAUCAGAGCCAUGGCAGCGUCGGCGGCAUGAGCUUCGAUGAGACCCAGCUGCGCGAGCGUCAGCGCAGCGAUCGACUAUACGCCAGCGCCAGACAGAGCACGCGCUCUGCCGUGGCUGGCAGCUUGAGCCUAAGCUCCAGCAAUGACAUGCUGGACCGCCAGUGCAGCAGCUCAGAGCUAAAUAGUGAGACUAGCGUGCCAAAUUCAAGCGGAGAAUCACCAGCUGCAGCUGGACAUGCCACCAAUUCGAUGAAGCGGCCCAUUCCGGCCCCACGCAGCGCUACAACCAAAUUAUCAAAAGAGCUGCUCAAGUCCUGUGAGAGUGCCACCCUCAAGUCGUACAAUCCCAAUCGCAAACUCAAACGUAAUCGAAACAGCUGCUCCAUUAAUGUAGCCGAAAAGUCGGAUGGUGGGGAGCAAAACUGUGAUCCCAAGCAGCAAACUCCGAGCAGUCCCACACACUACAAGCAACCACCAACGCCGGAUCAUCCGCCACCCAGCUCAAGCCAGGCAGAGCGCACCAUACACGAGCGCAUCCGUCCGCUGAGCCAGGAGUACAAACGCCGUUCGGCGCUGCUCCAGUUGCAGGCAGCGCAGCAGCUGAUGAUUGAGACGGGCUCAUCACCAUCGAAGUUGCUGCCAACACUAAGUACGCCGGGUUACGACUACGAUGAUACAGUAACAGUGGUGCCACGCUGUCCGGCUCCAUCGUCUGGGUCACUCAGCUCCAGUAUUUCUUGCUCGGAUCACAGUCUCUCGCACUCUACGGACUAUGUGGAGGAGUUUGUCAGCGAUAUACCCUUUGCUGGGCUACUCAAAGGCGCCACACAACACAAGGAAACCAAGAAACAAGCAGAGCAGACUCAACCGCCGCGUGUGCGCCCACCAAUUCCCACGAAGCCCUUGGUGCCCGAGAGAAAGUUUGUUAAGCCGCCGACGACACCCACCAAUGCUGAAGUCAAGCUGGAAGCAAAUGGCAAUGGCACAGCUGAGAAAUCAACUCUCAAUGCAGACAAGUCGCCCGCAAAAUCACCUGCCAAGUCACCUGUCAAGUCACCUGUUAAGUCGCCAGCAAAAUCCCCAGGCAGUGGAAAGUCGAUAGCGCGCAACUCUCUCAAUUUGUUGAGUCCCUUUAAUGCUGAGGAGGCACGCAAGAAAAUCUCUGAAAUCAUUGAAAACUUUGGCAGCGGCAUACUCAACACGAACAUUACGCCCACCCAUGAUAUUGAGCUGGAUUUCGAAGAUCUGGAAGUGCUGCCGGAGCGUCGAGAAUUGGCCGUAAGGCUGCGCAACGCGGGCUUGUUACAUCUGGAGCGCAUACUCUUUGAGAACGGCUAUGAUAACUACAAGUUUGUGCGUAAUGUGUUCGAGGAGCCAGACAUUCCGCUGCUGCACAUACCGGAACGGGAUGCAACAAAGCUGCUCACCUUCGUAGGGACAUUGCCGCAAGCGGAGUUUCUGCCGCAGGUGCCAUUUAAGGUACAACAGGAGAACAAACAGCAAGGCGUGGCCACGCUGCAGCAAUGGCUGAACAGCAUCGCAUUGCCCGAGUAUCUGGAGUUCUUCAACAAGCAUCUGUACAACACUAUUGACAGUGUCUGUGGUGUCUGGGAUGUGGAGCUGCAGACGGUGCUGGAGAUUAAUAAAUUGGGCCACCGCAGACGCAUUCUGCAAUCCCUGGCGUAUAUACGGAAAAUGCGUGAAUCCAAGUCGCUUAAAACCCCGCUGGCCGAAAACAACGAAACAAACAAAAUGACAACGAAUGGCAACAAGGAGGGCACGGUAUCUAUCACCACAGCGGACAGUACACAGCCACCCACAAAUGCUUUGCCGCAUCGAAAUUCCAUGACGGGUUACCGCAAGAAUCGUCCUGCACCACCGCCGCCGGCACCACCGGCACAGAAGGCCGCAACAGCUGCAAACUCAGCUGCUCCACUCCAAAUACGCGCACCCUCCGAGCUGCUGCUGGGUCUGCCGGCCAAUAUGCGCACCACCCAAUGGCGUCAUUCGGCGCAAACUCUGCUCGAUGAGCACAUCAAAUACGAGGUCCAGUACCUCGGCUCAACGGUUGUGAAAGAACUACGUGGCACUGAAUCCACAAAGAAAUCUAUACUAAAACUGAAAUCGUCCUGCGCGCAGACAAAUGAAGAGGUUCAUAAGCAGGGCGCACAGCUGUCGCUGGCAAUUUGUCACCGCGGCGUGGAGUUCAUUGAUGUUGCCACCAAGCGUGUUAUCUGCGAGCAUGAGAUACAGAACAUCAAUUGCGCCUGUCAGGACUCGGAGGAUAUGCGCCAUUUUGCCUACAUAACGAAGGAGCAGGAUAUGCACUAUUGUCAUGUGUUCCUGGUGCAAAGCACGGAUCUGGCCAAUGAGAUAAUACUGACGCUGGGCCAAGCCUUCGAAGUCGCGUAUCAGCUGGCGCUGCGCGACGGUAUUGUCACAACGCCAGCUCUGCUACUCGAUAAUGGCAUGCUUCAGGGUGAAUAUUGCGGCGGUGGCACCAAAUAGAGCCAGGAGCUGGCCACCGCCCGGGCCCAAAAUCAAUCUUUGGCAGCCAGCUCAAAUCGCACGCACAGCCGAAGUCGUAGCCUCUGCGCCAAACUAUUUUGCCUGACCAACUACGGUGCGCUGUUUAAGUUAUAGAUGGGAAUCGUGUGGCAACUAUUCAAAUUGAUCCUAGUCCUUGAGAAUUUUAUAUAUUUAAUUGGUAUUAAGUUUUAAAUGGCCAACAAGAACAACAGCACAUUGAACAAAAAGACUUUUUACAAAUGGCACAAAUUUUUUUAAUGAGCUGCACUCAAGAAAACUCCAGCUUUUUUUUGUCAAGCUACAAACUUCUGAGUACCAGAUCAAUAGAACGCACAAUUUUUCCUGAUAUCAUCGUUGUUUCGUUUAAUUUGAAACGAAAAUAAUGCAUUUACAAACUUUUAAAAUCUUCAUAAAAACCAAUUGCAUUUAAUCAAAGAAAGAAAAUACCCACUUGUGUGCAAUAAUGUUUUAGCAAAUUUUAGCUAUAUAUCUAAUCCUUAAAUCGACUAAAUCGUAAAUUAAUUAACAUACUAUUGGCACAUAAACAAUUUUAUUGAUGUUAAA